UCACAUGGCAUAUGUGGUAAAGGAAGGUCACGUGGUAGUGACGUCACGCGGUUUGCAUUGAAACUUUUUAUCGGACUACCACUGAAAUUGCUAUGUGUAAUGUGUUAUUCAAACGAAAAAAUGUCGGCGUGUUUGAAAUUCAUUUAGGGAUGUAGCAUAUAUAGGAGAUGGUACGCGAAACACGGUACCUACUGGUAGGGAAUUUACCCGAAAGUAUAACAGAAAAUGAAAUAACGGAGUUUUUUAAACGAUUUGGUAAGAUACAGAAAGUAAAGCUAGAGCGUAAACCAGAGGGAACGUCAGACAGCGAGGAGAAGGAAGAGGGUUGUAUAACCAGUCUCACAGCAACCGUCGCCUUCACUGACAUAAAAUCAGCUUCAAACGCGCACAAAGCCGAGAAAAAGAUCGGAAACAAUGUGCUUUCCAGUGACUAUAGUAUGGGAUUUGGUGCAACAGGAAGUGUUGUAAAACGGACACAUGAACCAGAACACUUUCCAAGAGGACCGCCCGGAGCAUUUCCGAGAAAAGGGUUUGAGGAGGAGGAUGGUCUAGACGUGUACUACGGUAUCACCCCUCCACACAGCGGUGAGCCUGGCCCCUACAUCAGCCCUCAGUUCUCGGAGAGGGGUAGACCCAGGGAGCGCUGGCCUCAGACACCCGGAUACCCAGGUCGUGGAGCAAAAUGGUUGCCGGGGACAUCACGUCAGUUCUCAGACUCAUCAGAGACGUUUGAGAAGCCCAAGACAACGCUGUCCAUCCCUGCCUCGUCUCCCACGGCGUCACAGUCGAGCGAGCGGCGCCAGAAGAAAAAGUCCACAGAGCGGUCCCAGUCUCGCUCAAGUUCCAAUGACAGUCGCAGCAGCUCUGCGUCCAGCGGCAGUGACUCAGCUAGCAGCAGCAAAGAAAGGCCAAAGGCAGUCAUAAAGAGUGUGGCGCGCUCAGACACCCAGGAGUCAGAAAACAAAGACUCUGAGAUUGAGCCUGGUGAGAGGGAACCACUUGGUAUCUACAUAACCAAACUGCCUCUUAGAUCCAGUGACACCAGUUUGCGUGAUGGGCUUUUUCAUGAAUACAAGAAAUAUGGCAAGAUUACGGCAGUACAGAUCACAGGUGUAGCUGAGACCAGAUUUGCUAUCAUCAGUUUUAAACAGUCUGAGGAUGCAGCCAAGGCUCUAGAAGCCUCUCAGGGCAAGCGCUUCUUUGGGACCGCUAUCCACGUGGUACAGCACGAGGGGCUAGAAACUGAGGACAGCGAUUUUGCGACCCCAGAGGCCCAGUUGGACGAGCAUUCUCCGAAGGCAACACGCACACUGUUCCUAGGCAACCUGGACAAGGAUAUCACUAUAGAGGAGCUGAAGGAACGCCUUGAUAAAUAUGGAGAAAUACUGGACAUUGAUGUGAAGCGUCAAGGGGCUGUUACAGCGUACUCGUUCAUCCAGUUCAGUGACAUCUCCAGUGUUGUGCGGGCUCUCAAGGACCUGGAUGGCACAGCAUGGUCCUCUACCAAGCUUAAAGUUGGGUUUGGUAAGAGCAUGGCCACACCAGUAGUCUGGCUGGGUAACCUUGCUGACACCGUACACGAGGGCUUCCUGUGCCACCAGUUCUCCAGGUUUGGCACGCUGAGUCACACAGUGGUCGACAAGGAGAACCACCGCGGCCUAGUGUUCUUCCUUGCCCCAGAGAGCGCCCAGUACGCACUGCCGGAGAUGAGGAACCGGAUCUGGAACGGCAAGAAGAUACAUAUUGACUAUGCGAGUCGUGAUUGCCAGGAGUCGUUCUUUAAGAAGAUGGAGGAGACGGGUCAGCUGCGGCCCGGAGAGAGGCCUGACCCUCGCUGGAUGCAGACUAAGAUGGAGAGCCAGCCCAAACAGUGGGAUGAAACUAAUGAAGGUACAUUUCCUGCUAAGCGAGGUGGCUUCACGCCUUUCCCUCGCGGCGGUAGAGGCCGUGGUUUCCAACAAAGGGGCCGUGGUUUCUUUAGGGGCAGAGGGGGCUCCUUUGAAGGUGGCUACGCGGUGGACGAGUUUGGAAUGAGACGAAAGGCAGAUGAGUACGGUCCAGGCAGCCCCUUUAUGGAGGAUGACUCGUAUGAGCGCCAGCUGCAGGAGUACCGCCAGGAGCGGUCUCAUAGUCCCAGUGGCUUUGAGGAACCCUUCGAGCAGCGUGGGUCACAGACCGGCCACGAGUUUGACCCCUUCAACCCACCUGCUAGACUAACCACCUACAGGAGUCCCAGCCCGAGCUCGGAUAGUUAUGUUGGUGUGCCAGUGAACAGUGAGACAGAAUAUAAAGCGUACAAGACUCGAACUCCUAGUGAUGAACUGCAGUACUAUAAGGAGAAUUUUUACGACAGGAGUCGAUCUAGGGAUCGUUCUCAUAGUAGUGAAAGUGAACAACGGUAUAGAGUUCAAAAUGACUUGUUACGAAGGCGAAGUAGGAGCAGGUCUCCUUUAAAGAAAGUGAAUCAAAGAACUCGAGAUUUACCCAUAUCAUACAGAUCUCACUCCCCACCUACCCCGACGGACGACGAACCAUAUUUAAAUAGUGAUAACAGUCCAUCAGACUUUGACAGUGCGUACAGGAAAUAUGAAAUGUUUCAUAAAAGACCUAGUUCUAGUAGCCUGGAUGCAGAGCGUAAGAGUGGUGUGUUACUAAAUACAGGACUACGUAAAGAAAUAGAAUCUAAAUCUGAAGAACGUUCUGGUCGAAAGCGAUCGUACGACCAGGUAUCGCCAAGGCUUGAAAGGCAGCAUAGUCGUGGAAGUAGAGCAGACUCUUUAUAUGAACAUGAUCGUGAUAAAAAUGCUAAGGACUUGCUAAAUAAAGUAGCAAGACUUAGAUCGGAGCUUAAUGAACGAACUGGAGUAAAGGACAGCCCAACAUCAGGUAGUUCUUCUAGUGAUAAUAUAGACCCAUCUACCCUUACUGAAGCUGAGUUGUAUAAGCUUCAACGUGAAAAGAACAAAUUAUUACAAAGGCUGAAUAAAGUGGAUGGAUACAGUGACAGUGAUAGUGACUCUCAGUUUACCUCUAGUAAAAAGAUGCGAUUGGAUGUAAAAUAUUCAGACUCAUUGUCAAAACAAGAAAUUAAAGAGAAACUUAAAAGGUUGGAUGAGAAAAACGCGAGGAAAAAAGAACUCAGGGAUUUAAAGAAGUCUAAAUCACAGGGUGAUGGUAGAAAAGAUUUGGAUUAUAGUGAAGAUGAAAGCUAUAACUCUCCAGGAUUUAUGCCAACUAAACGGAGAAAGGUAGAAAGUGAAAGUGAUAAACGAAGAGGAUCUUAUCUUUCAAGAACUGAAGAGGGCCACAGGUUUAGUAGCGAUGAUGAAAAGGAGCACAUGGAUAUAGGGCAAAAACAAACAAGUGCUCAAGGAGACACAUACUCGAGUUCUAAGUCACGAUCUAUAUCAAGUUUGGAGGCCCGUCUCCAAAGUGACGUUUUUUCACAUUCUAAAGAGGAAUCCCGGCGCACUUCCUCAGGUAGUGACAAUGUUAAAGAUCAAAGUGAUAACGGUCGAAGUCGACGAAGAAGAAAGGAUAAGAAGGAACAUCACAUAACUCCAUUAAUUCCAUUAGGAGAUGAUGACAUGCCUGACCCCGAAGUUGCUGAUCCCCGAGUACCCUCUAUUAAAACCAAUCGUCCUCUGGUUUUACCUUUGCCAGACUUUGCUCAAUUUAUACAGUUUUCACCUCUUCCUUCCCCUCGACAUUCGCCUGAGCGCCAUUACAGAGAUCACCAAGCUGAUAAAUCCCAGCAGCAGCAACAGGCACGAGUCCACGGUGAGAUGGGCUCAGAUGAUCAGUCUCCGUGUUUCUCCCCUCAGAGUAGCAGCAGUAAGACACAUUCCCCAUCCCAGUCACCCAGUGGCUCUGGAUCAGAUUCAAAGGGAAACACAAAUUCAGAAAGUGGAAGUGGAGACGUGAUUCCUGGCUUUCCUACUGAAUCAGAACCUGUUGAUCCUGAUGAGACUAAGGCAGACAGUUUAGAUUCAGCGUCAGUUCUGGACCCAUCAAAAGUUCCUGAAGCGAAACCAGAUGAUAGUUUUUCAGAUGACAAUAAUAGUGACUUGGAUUUAAAUUCAGACACUUUAGCUAUUGAAGAGCGCAUCAGAUUGCUAGAUGAGAAAUGGAACAAAGCCCAGGCAGUUUCAGCCAUAACACCCAAGUUGUUGCCAGAUGUGGAUAGCGUGGUGGGAAGCAACACGCCUGUCUCCUCUGUUUUAUCUACAUUGCCAACAACUGGACCUUUAACACCAGGUACACCAAGUCUGGCAGUUUCUUCCUUGUAUUCCAAAUACAAGAUAAAAAAGCGAAAUGAUACAUCGGGGUGUAGUUCAGAAAAGAAUGAGCAGUCUGAAAUAGUACAAACUGUUCUUUCCAAGUCCAGUAUAUUUGACCAGGACAGUAAAAGGCUUGGUCAGCUGAGUGACUCGUUGGAUACCAAAGAGAGUGUAGGGCCGAAUGGCAGCUCACCCAAGUUGUAUAGUUCUUGGAGUAAGACUGAUGUAAAGGAGAACCCGAUGGUAACUGUACCAGGGUCACUCCUCGACAGGUUGGGACAAGGUAGUAAUGGAUCCUUUCCUACCUUAUCUGUCAAUUCAACGUUUCCUACUAUUACCAAUAAUAUUAAUUUGAUUAAAUCAGGAAUGAGUUCAAGUAACUUUGACAUUUCUGAGAGUAAUCUGUGUCAUAAAGAUUUAAGCACUACUAUAAGUCCUCGUGAUCCAAGAGCCAACAAACCAGUGUUAGAUGAGGAGUUUACCAGUACAAAUAAUCAACAAGUUUCUAUGGACCCAGACCAUAUUGCUUCAAAAAUCAAGACUGCUGAACCUGCAAGAACAUUUUUAUCUUAUUCAGUUAGUAAUAAUGAAGACUCAUUAAACGUGUUGUCUACCAAUUAUAUACCGGUGUUAAAAGAACAAAAAGAUACAUCUGAAAUAGUACAUACAUUGGUUAAAAGUGAGAAUAUUAAAGACAAAGACCAGGGCAUUACAAAUAAUGGACUAAGUGAAAUGGAACUUCCCAGUGAAAGUUUAGUUAAAAUGGAGAAGAGUUUGACUCCUAUCUUAAAAACUGAAAUUAAGCCAGAAAUAACUGAGAGUGUCAAUAACAAGAAGGUAGAAGAGAAAGAUGUCAAGCGAAAAAUUAUCCCUGAAGAUAAAGUAAUUAUUAAAGAAUCUAAGGAUGAAUUGAAUAAACAAAGCAUUGAAUUAUGUAGGGAAUUGACAACUGUAAAGCCAGAUAAAGAUAAGAAAGAUUUAGAAUUAUUAUCAGGAGCAGGUUCAGAAAGAAUUAAACCAGAAAUAAUCACACCUGAACCAAAAAUAAAAAGUAUUCUUAAGAAAUCUUCUGAAACUGAAUUAUCAGAGAAGUCAGAAGUAAAAGUGGAAACUAGCGAGGCUCUUGAUAGUUUUUCAGUACAGUUGAAUAAACUUGAUCAAGAGAAACCCCAAGUAGGUAAAUCUGAAAAUGAAGAACCUGCACAUAAGAAGUCUAAAUCUUCCAAAGAAAAACGGCCAGAAUCUAAUCAUAAAGAUGAAAAACACAGGAAGAAAGAUGUUGAAAAGAAAAGCAGCAUUUCUUCACACAAAUCCACAAGUUCAAAGACGGAUGAGAAAAAAGACAAGCACAAGUCACAUUCAAAUAAAGAAAAGAAAGAUUCUAAAGAUUCUGAUAAAACUGUUAAGGUUGAGAAGAAGGGAUUGAAAGAUGAAACUAAGAAAGAAUUGAAAGAUGAAGUUAAGAAGGAAUUGAAAGAUGAAACUAAGAAGUCGGAAAAGAAAGAAAAAUCAGAGAAGACAGAAAAGACAUCUUUAAAGGAAAGCACUGAUAAAACUGUUAAAGAUGUAACCAAAAAAGAUGAUUUUACCAAAAAAGAUGAUAAGGCUGAAAGCGUAAUAGACAAAACUUCUGAAAGUAAAGAUAAGAAAGACAAAUCUUCAAAAAAAGAAUACAAACAUGACCGGCACAGUAAUAAAUCACCUGAAAAGAAGACUAAAAAUCAAGGAGAUAUUAAAGAUUCUUCAAAAGAAAAGCAAAAAGAAUCCUCUCACAAAGACAAGGAAACAUCCCAAAAAGACAAUGAAACAUCCCCAAAAGACAAGGAAACAACUCAAAAAGAAAGUGCAAGUACAACCAUAUCUUUAAAAGAUACAGAAAAGGGAAAGUCUGAAAAAGAAAUAAAUGAUAAAAAAACAUCAGACUCCAAAAAGGAACAUAAAAGUUCUUUUAAGAAGUCAAAAGAGGAUUCUAGUAAACAAUCCAAGGUAGAAGGCAAAUCUGAAAGUUCAAAAAAGAAAGAUGAACAUGCAGAUCAGAAAAAGGUCAAAGAAGAAAACAAAAAGUCAAAAGAUGAUCAUAAUGAGCACAAGAAAAAGGAUGAAGCUUCUGAUAGAAACAAUAAAGACUCACCAGAUAAGUCAAAAGAUGUUAACAGAAAAGAAAGUGUAAAUAAAAAAGAUACUUCAGAGAAAACAAAAGAUAAAGGAAGCAAUGAAAGAUGCAAAGAGGAAAAAUACAAAAGCAAGGAAAAAGAAAAUAAAGAUAAAGAUCCAGAUCAUUCAAAAUCAAAAUCUAAACCCUCUACUGACUCUUCAGAUAAACACAAAGUGUCCUCAACUGAUACAGAAGCUGAUAAAUCAAAUGCAGAUAAAGAUGAUGCUAAGAAAAGUGACCACACAAAAUCAAGUGAUAAGAAGAGUGUGGAUUCUGAACUGAUGAAAUCUUCCACGGCCUCUUCAAAAACAUCAAGCAAUAGUCAUGAAAAGUACAAAUCUGGAAAAAGCAAAUCAAGUGAAAAUAAAUCCUCCAAAGACAAAACACCAGAUUCAAAUAAAGGAAAGGAAAAGCAAAUAAGAAAGAAAGAAUCUCCUCCAACAGGUAAUGGUGGCUUAACUGAAGAAGAUCUUAAAAUAUUUGCACAGUUUUCUGAAGAGCCAUACAUGUCCAUGUAUGAUAAAGUUAAAAGGAGAUCAACUGAAAAGAAACUUCAUUGUGAAAGAGAACAAGAGGAACAAAAGAAACUUUUGCAUGAAUAUAAGAGAAACCAAAAGGGCAAGAACAACAGCCUAAGUGAUAUAACGGAAAGCAGUGAAUUCAGUUCUGAUGAUGAGCAUGAGAAACCGCCAAGUUUAAAGAAAAACAAAAGGUUUGUGUUAUCAUCUGGUGAUAGUGAAAGUUCAACAGAUCCAGGAGUUGAACCAGCCAAACCAGCUGCUAAAAUAAAGACAGCUCAUAAGAAACCUAAACGAAUAUUAGACAUUUAUUCAUCAGAUUCUGAAGAAGAAGAGAUGUCUGGUAAGUCACCAUCAAAGAAGACAGUGUUCAACAAGAAAAAGAAGCCGGAAGUUAGUAGAGACAGUGAUCAUAAAUUUGAUUUGGACAGUAUAAGUGAUUCUGAUAAUAAAACAAGCUCCACACAACAAGCGAAACCCAAGACAGUUGUUAAAUCCAACAAGAAAAGUUCAAAAUCAAACCCUGACCUGAAAUCUAGGCCAAAACAUGAAAAGAAAGAUACUAAAGUAGUUACACCCAAGAUACAAAGGAAAGACUUGAGCUUGAGCUUUAAAGAUCUUUUCUCAGAUGACUCUGAUGAUUGUUCUAUGUCAGAAUCUGACUGUGAUAAUAUUCUCCUGUCAUCUAAGGGACAGAAGUCUUCAUUUCUUCCAAAUUCUAAGCUUGAUAAAUCAACCAACAAGAUACCACGAGGAAGCUCCAUAUACACCUCAUCUGAAAGUGAAACAGAAGAUGAGUUUAAGCCAAUGUCUCCCCCUGUUCUCACCAAGAAACCUGAGAAGAAAACUCAGCAAUUCAAAGAACCAGUUAUUAAAGAUACAGAAAGUGAUUCGUUCCUGUCAGACCAUGAUAAGUUUGACAAUAAAAAAUCAAGAAAUUUACAUAAAAAUGUAUCCGAUAGUUUUGAUAGUGAUGGGAAUUCCUCAGAUCAUAGGAUUUCGAAAUAUGACAAGAACAAUAUACUAGACAGCGAUGUUAAAAAGAAAUUGCAUAAGAAACAUUCCAUGGAGAUAAGUGAUUUUACGAAGAAAAAGUCAGUUCCUGAUAUUGUUAGGGAGGAUCACUCAGGGCAUCCUUACCAAAAUCUGGCUAAACUAGAAGUUGCAAAGGUGUAUGCUGAGCUGGAAAAUGACAAACUGCUUUCUAACUUGACCAACAAAGAUAACCUUCCACCUGUUCUAACCAACAUAAGUAAGGAGCCUUUGUUUAAGCUAGAUAUGGACUCUUUGAAACGUGAUAUUCCUAACAUUAAAGAUUUAUCUACAGAUCUGUUAGGAAAGAAAAUCAAAAAGCACAAAAAGGAAAGCAAGAAAAAGAAGAAGGCAAAAGGAAAGGAUAGCAGGGAUUCUUCAAAGGAUAGGCUUGACCAGUCUGGUAAAAGAAUUGUUGAAAACGGUCCAGAAUCUGUGUCAUAUAAACAAGAUGAUUGUUCAAGUUGGAAGCCUGAUUCUGAUGCAGAAAAUAUGGACUCCUCGAAGAGAAACGUUUUUGAUGUUAUUCAGUCAACAGAAGGGAAACAGUCCAGCAUAUCCCAUGACAAAACUCAAGAUGCAGAGCCUAUAAAACAGACUCCAGAUAAGCUGAAACAUAGCAAAGUUUCAAACUAUGAUACACCUAUGAUGAAAUCUGAAUCAUCGACAAAGAAAACUCAUAAAGACAACAAAAAAGGUUUGGCUGAUGUUUUUGAUUUUAAGGAUGAUGAUAAUAGUGUUACACCAAAAGAAUCUCAUAUGAAGAGUACUAAGACAUCUGGUGAGGAAUCUGUUAGGAAACAUAACAGUAAAUCUGACCCAUCAGCUAAGAAUAAGCCAAUGGACAAUGAUGUUGAAGUGGAGUACAAACCUCAAGAGCAAGAUUACAAAGAUGAUGACAAUGUGUGCCCUGUGGUUGAGACCAGUGAGGUUGUAAUUGAGCAAAUCCUAGAAGAGCCAAGUGAGAAACACAAGACAAAGAAAAACAGAAGUCAGAAAAAUAAUAGCAGUAAUGUGGGAGAUAUCAUGCAAGAAUCAGUUUGUUCCCAAGCAAAGGAUAAUCAAAGUGUUGAAACAGAGAUUGUAUCGUUUGACACCCCUGUAUCUAAUGAACAAGAGCUUGUUAUUGAUGAAGGUGUAAGUUUCCACGUUGAAGAUGAGCCCAGCAAGGCAGCUGAUGCGAUUGAAAAUGAAGAAUGUGACGAGACUGCCAAGGCAGUAGAGAGCAUACUUCUGGAUGGGAUCCCUGCUUACACAAUCUCAGAACCUGUGGAGCCUACACCACAGCUGGACCAGAAUUAUCUUCAACCAGAUUUUGCCCCUGGUCUACCUAAUGCAGUUCCUCAGAUUGGCACGGUAAUUGAAACUAACACAUUAAGCUCACCACAGAAGGGAAAGAAAGGAAAGCGAGGAAGAAAGCCCAAACCUGGUCAGGAUGUGUUGAUUUCUGAAAACUCAGGCAAACUACCAGAACUUAGUGAUAAUUCCUUUGCGUCUCUUCUGUCCAGUUCUGUUGAUAAUGAUGACGAUGAUGAUGACAGGUUGCAGAUUGACUUUGAUCCUCCAAAGCCUGAAAUGAAACAAAAGAAGCCAAGGAAACCCAAACAAAAUAAACCUGGGAAAAUAGCAGAUGCUGUAGCAUUGGCUGCAGAAAGUAAACUUGAUAGUCUUUUCUUCCCAAGAACACAGAACAAAGAGGGUGAAUUGAAUAGAGACUCCCUGAGCAGUGAAAGCUCUGAAAUUGAGAGAUCAAAACAUGAAGAUUUACUGUUCAUGGAUCGUGAAGAUCAGCGCCAUGAUUCAGAUAUGAUGUCACCAGAUGAGAGGUCAACCUCAGAUGACCUGACAAGUCCAACUGAUAGCACCAAAGUGAAAGCUCGCAGAGGUCGCAAGCCAAAAAACCAGACAAAUGUUUCAACAACAGCUAGAACCAAUUCCCCAAGAUCUGGGCGAACGCUGUCUCCUAGGUCACCUAGGAACAUGGAUCCAAGAUCUCCAAAAUCUGAACUUACUGAACCAAAGUUGAAUGGUCCUAAGAGUUUAUUUACUGAUGAAUCAAGUACUAAACUUGGUGGCAAUGUCUUUGACUUUGAUGAAAACGAUACACCUUUAGCUGCUUCAAAUGCUAAUGCUGCUUCAUCCAAACAGCGCAAGCCUUAUCAGCGUAGAAAGAAGGGAGAAAAUGCCAUGCAGAGUCCAGACCGUGGCCUCUUCUCAAGUCCUGAGUACAAACCGGAUGAUAAGUUGUUGAUUUCCAGUCCAGAAUAUAAGGCUGCAGUUAACAUAGACAACAAAUUUGAGAAGAAAGGCUUAUUUUCUCCAAACCUCCCAUCACAGGAACAAACUUAUGAGGUGAAGGCAAUGACUGAAGAAAAACAACCAGAGCCUUUGUUUAAGGCUUUCUUUGAAGGAAAAACAAAGACAGAUGUCGAAAAGGUGAACCCAUUACUUGCAAAGAAACAGAAAGAGGACAAUGGCCAACUGAUUAUAAAUCAUGUUGAUAAGACGAUUGAGGAUGUUGCAAAGGGAUUGUUUGAGAGUACUGAUGAAGAAUGUGGAAAUCAUACAAGUGAUCAGACAUUAGCCCAGAGAAAGAGACAGAACAGAAAGAGCAAGGAGGAAGAGAGAGAUCUCAUCAAAUCGCCUGGCAUGAAGUCACCAUUGAAGUCUCCAGUGGCCCGGUCUCCUCUGGGAAGUGUAAAGUCUCCAGGUGUGGGGAUGAUGCACAGUCCCCCUGGCAUGCCUCCCUACCAGCCUCCCCUGGUGCUGCCUGGCAUGGGUCUGCCCCAAACGCCUACACUCAUGGCUCCAAUUGGAGAACCACAGGUGGCUGGCCACAUUCCAAUGAUGUCUCCACCUGCAUCCUUGGGCCGUAACCCUGUCACAUCAAGCAUGCCUACAACACAGGAACCAAGUAAAAUAGUGCCCUCCAUUAGUCAGAAUUCACCCAACAAGACAGCUGGCCAGAUUCCUUUGUUAUCUACAGUUCCACAGUCUCCUGCUAAGUCUUCUGCCAUAAACACAAUAGCACACGCUGUCAGUACCACGAUAACUUCACCAUCCACGUCUGUCUAUUCAUCAGCUGCAGAUGUACAUAGAAGUGACGUGUCAUUUUCUGGUGGUGAGGUGUCUAAGAGCACACUUGCUGGACCUCCGAUGUCAGGUAUUACAGCCAGUACAGCAGCAGCCAGUGUAAGCUUGUCCACAGCAUCUGCAGUGCCCCAGGGGACCACCACUCUGCCAUCCCACUUGACACAGCUCCAGAAAAGGCAGCAACAGAUGGAGAAACUGGCUCAAGAGAAACUGGAACAGGAGAAACUUUUACAGGAGAAGAUGCAGUUAGAACAACAGAAGGCGAUAGACCAACAGAAACAGGCAGAAUUACAAAGAAAACAAGAUCAUCAUAUAAAACUGAAAGAACAGGAGCUAGAACAUAAGAAGCAACUGGAAGAACAAAGUAAGCGGUUGCAGGAAGAGUUGAAGAACAAAGAGGAGAUGUUGUUGAAACAGAAGCAGCAGUUGGCGAUUGAGGAGCAUUUCAAGAUGCUUCAGCAGCAUGAACACCUCCGCCAGCAGGCCAUGCAGGGUGUGAGGCUGCCUGGCCAGCAGGGCCUCUUGUCCCCAGGGUCCCUCCAAGGCUCCCGGCCACAGAUGCAGCCCUCCGUCAGCGACAAGAUGCAGCAGAGACCCACAAUUCCUGCCCACCACCCCAUGCCGUCUGGAGGGCCAUUUGGGCUGCACGGUCAGUUGCCCCCUGGCCUGCCUAUCCGGCCAGGUCACUUCCCAGGUCACUUGACGCAGGCCCAGAUCCAUGCCAUGCAGCAACACCUUGGCCAGGCUGACAAGGGGGUCACCAACGCGGACGUUCUUCAGAAACAUCACCAGCUGCAGCAGCAGAUGAAGGCUCAGGCUAUGGCUGAACAGAAGGCCCAGAUUGCCAAACAGCAGGCCCAACAGCAGGCCCAACAGCAGGCCCAACAGCAGGCCCAACAACAGGCACAACAACAGGCUCAGAGUCUUGCCAAACAGAACACACCACCAGGACCUGCUGGCCAGCCCAGCAAGAAACAGAACGAUCCACAGACGCCAACCCAUUCCCAGAAGGAGCCUCCCCUGCCAGGCAGUCAGGAGGCAGCCAACCAGCUGACUCAGCAGAUCAAACAGCAGCUGGCACUCCAGGCCCAGCAGCAGCAGCAGCAGGUGGCCGCCCCACACAGCAAUUGGCAGCUACACCAUCCCAUGGGGCCUGUGUCAGUGUCAGAGUCCCGGACCUCCAUGCCAGGCCCUGUGCCCAUCCUGGGCGGCAACCCACAGCAGGUGCAGAGAGUGUCCCCACACCCGCCCACCAAGUCCCCAACGGUGGCCCAGACUGCGCCCAACAUGGUGCAUGGGUUCUCACAGCACCAGACUGCCGCCCCCAGGGCCCCCAGUCCUGCUGUUGCCAAGACUGCAGAGAAGCCUGUAACCCAGGCUGGAAAGUGGCCGGGACAGAAUAGCCCCGCCCCGCGCAUGGGUCAGCCGGACACCAGACCACGGGGCCCAGAACCAGGGUCUACCAACACCAUACAGGAAAACCUGCUAUGGAUGAACCAGUCUGGGACACCCAUGCGUGCAUUGCGGGCCCUGCCCACCCCUGGACUGGUAGCGGCCCCUCGCCCCGCCCAUCAGCAGCCACCUUCAGCCCACCAGCAGCAGCCUGACCUCUCCGUGCCUCUGACACGUCCACCUGCAGACAGGCAGCCCACACCUGACAAGUUCUUGGUGCAACAGGAGCUCCAUCGACAGGAGCUGUUGAAGCAGCACCAGCAGGAGUUGCAGAGGCAGCAGCUGCGCGAGCAGGCUAUCCAUGCGCAGGCUCAAAAGGAGGUCCAGAACCACAAAGAGCGCGAGCUAGCUGAGAGCCUGGAGAGGGAGAAACGGGAGGCCCACGUCCAAGACCCGCGGCAGUCCCCGGCCAUACGGGGCCUCAACUACCCGUUUGUGGAACCACGGCCGCCAAGUCCAAAUGGUAAACAUCCUAUGAGUCCAGCCAUUGAUCCAAGGUUCCUGCAGCAGUUUGGAGGCCACCACCCAGCAGAUCUGCGUCUGGGGUCGUCCCAGUCGAGCGCGUUCAGUCCCGCGUCGGGCCAAGGCUCGGACGCAGCGCACAUGUGCACCCAGGCAGAGCUUCAGAGGCUGCAGCAAAACGGUCUUUUUAAUGGCUACCCACCCCUACUGAUGAGAGAGCAGCACCUGAUGGCUGCCCAUCCAGCCACGUUCAUGCUGCCUGGACACCUGGCCCACUUUGCCCAGCAGUUGGAGCACCAGCACUUGGUGGACGGGCGGCCGCCUUCACGAGGCAACCUGCAGGGCCCCCCUCCCAACCAGCCUGUGCACACUGUGUCACCCAACCAUCAGCACAAUGCCCCAAGGCCUGCAGUGCUGGGACCGCCAAGUGCGCGGGACCCACACCCCGGCGACGGCAGUCUGCUAGGACUUCUACAGAGGUACCCGGUGAUGUGGCAGGGUGUGCUGGGCCUGAAGAAUGACCAGUGUGUGGUACAGAUGCACUUCAUCUCUGGGUUCCAGCCCCUCGUCAAGAUGUCCCUACCCCAGCAAGCCCCUGAUGGCACGGUGCAGCCCCUUAGGAUCGCACAAAGAAUGAGGCUGGAACAGGCCCAGCUGGAGGGAGUGGAGAAACGCAUGCAGAUGGACAAGGACUACUGUAUGAUGCUGGCCCUGCCGUGCGGCCGGGACCACACAGACAUAUACCAGCAGACUCGAGCCAUGUCCACGGGAUUCAUCCAGUAUCUGCAGCAGAAACAGGCAGCUGGCAUUGUCAAUGUGGCAGAUCCAGGAUCACAACAGCCUGCGUACGUUGUGCACAUUUUCCCUCCAUGCGAGUUCUCGCAGACCACUCUGUCUCGUCUCGGAUUUGACCUGCUUUACCAAGUGAAAGACCUUGCCCACCUCAUUGUUAUCAUAGCAACCGUCGCCUAGGCUACUGAGUGGGACAUGACAUACCUGGACAUGGCUAUAGAACUACAUAUACAAUGACUUAUUAACCAGUGAAGGAAAUAUAUCCUAUAUAAUUGGAUGCACUAUGAUGUACAUUGCGUAUUGUGAGACACUCGUAAGUUCUACUGACACUGUAUACAAAGGAUUAACACAGAUUGCUGAACGUUGUAUUGGAUUAUCCUCUGACCUUUUUUGGAAUUACUAACGUUGUUCCGUACUCGUGUUUAUGGAUGUAACUCUGUGUACCUUGCGUCAAUGUUCAGUAUUGUGAUAUAAUAUAGAAUCCAUAAAAAAAGAAUAAAAAUAGUAAUGUGUGAAACAACAUGCAUACUUGAGAGUGCAGUGAGUGUUCCCUGCUAGUUAAUGUGCUAUUUGAUAUGAAUAUUAUCGAAAGUGACGAUUUACCCCAUUUAUUUGGAGAUAUAUAUAAGUGUGAAUUUUCUGUUGUUACUGUUUAUGGUUACUGAUACCACGAUGUUGAACAGUAGGCCAGGAACCAGCCUGUGCCGCUUGACCUUGGCGCACUGGUGUAGACCAGUGGUAGUCCUCGUACAGAUCACUCCGGUAACGGAGUUACUAGAAGCAUUUAACACUGGAUCCUGUACAGUUGCCGUUCAGUAGUGCUGGUCACUUGGUAUUCAAGUGACAUUCAUGGUUUUCAUUUUAUAGAUUUCUAUUUCAUUUUGGACAUGUUGUUAUGUUUUUGUGUUUUUUUCUCCUUUUUUGAAAUGUUUAAGGGCAGCUAGAUAACCUUUCAUGUUUCGGUGUAUCAUUUUCUUGUCCGUUGAUGAGAAAUUCUAGUGUGACUCCUAUUGGAAAGUCUUGACAUUUUUGUUGCUGAUGUUUUAAGCAUUGUGUGAAAACUAAACAAAUAAUUUUGCUUAAAUUUUUCUCCUUCAAAAUAUGAUUAUAUAUAUUGUUUUCUUUUCUAACGUCUGGACAAUAGUACCAGGAAAGCUAGAAGUAGAAAUCUCUUAACUAAAUGUUGAGAUUGAUAACUAAUUCUGACUAGAUUAGGGCUCAAUCUCCCUAUUCAACUGUAAACUGGUCACCCCUCGCCCCAAACCUAGAACAGUAUUAGUAUCCACUAGUGGUGGAUGCAGUGGGUGUCGUACCCACACUACAUGUACAUUCAUGUAAACUCUGUGUGUCCUGUUAGAAUGCCUGCCAUAUCAGCUUGUGAAUGAUACGUGUAUUUGUUGUCUACAGUGCUUCGCUUUCUCUGUGUCCGUUUUCUUGUUUGUGUUUUUAGAAGUUGCCAACUGUAUUUCAUUCAGUUUGAUCUUAUGUAAACAGUGUAUUUUUUAUAUAGAUAUUUGUGCAAUUGUUAGAAAUGAUGGACAAAUUUUUGAUCUCAGACGUUGUUGUAUGAGGUUGUGUGCUUGCAUGUCUGGGAAACAGCUCUAGCUGACCGCUACAGCGACCUCUGACCACUACCACUGACCGGGCCUACUGUCCAGCUGUUACUGAGUUCCUGAUACAAAGCCUGGUUUUGGGAAUACUGGGCUUAAUGCAUUUGGGUCAAGUGACUGCACAGGCUAAUCUGGGCUGACACUUUACACACUUUAAUAACUCCCAGUUUCCCUGAAUGAGGCGUAUGUAAUGGGUCUUAAACAGCAGGUAUGGUGGGCCAUACACAACCCAGAAUUACUAGACAUGUAACUAGUGGUAGUGGCAUUUUAGUGUAAAUGUUUGAAAAGUGCUAUUGUAGUUUUAGUAAGUAUAGUAGGAAACAAGCUGUGAAAACCUGUUUUACUUCAGGUUUCAUGCUAUUUGAAGCACAUGUUUCAUCAGAAAUUAAUAUUUAUUCACUUUGUUACUGAAACUUAACAUUUCUGUUAUCAAAUCACUUUGUAAUAGAUUAUUGUUAAUAAUACAUUAUAACAUUAAAUAAUUCAUUAUCUUGUUACUAGGUUCUUUUGUAUAUUGUGCUGUACAGACUGUAUAUAACAAGUGUAUAAAUUGUAAAUAUUAAGUGGUUCCUGUAUAUAGCAGACAGCUUCUUGUGAUUAGAUUCCCAUCUUUUGGGGAUUCUUUUUGGAAAAUAUUUGGUUACUCUGGAAACAUGUUUACGUAUUUUGUUUUCGAUAACAGAAUAUCUUAUUACAAUUGUUUGUUAGCAAAAAUAACGGGACAUUAGAUGAUAAAAAUGUACAAUUCUGAAUAUUAUUAUCUUGCAUUGAAUACAAUUGUUGAAAUUGAUUUUGUGAAAUACGUAAAUAUGUUGUCAUAGUAACUAUGUUACUUAUCUUUCAUGUUGGGGGCUCCUGUAGCCUCUUUAUGUCUUUUGUCUCACUGAAGAAACUGAUAAUAAAAUGUUAACAACA